UUUCAAAAUCAUUACAGUAAUUAAUCUAGUCAACGUACUCUUCUUCUUCAAAUAUUUAUACAGGGGCGUUCAAGCUAAUAAUCUCAGAGAGGGAGAGCGUGAAGAAGGAUAUAUAAUAAAAAAAAAAAUGCACGGCGGCAACCACUGGGGAGGCUCGUUGGAGAUCGUAGACCAGAACGAUAACCAAAAGAGUCGUGAAUUAAGCGAGUGGGACAAAGCGUCGUUGCAUUCGCAGCAACAUCUACAUCAUCAUCAUCAUCAUCUCGAUGAGACGCAGCAGAGCUGGCUACUUGGACCUCCAGAAAAGAAGAAGAAGAAGUACGUAGACUUGGGAUGCAUUUUGUUAAGCCGCAAGGCGUUUAAAUGGACGCUCUUGUCUAUCGCCAUCGCCUUUGUGGUUAUCGCUCUCCCGAUCAUCAUCGUUAAAACGAUUCCCAAACACAAAGCCAAACCUCCUCCUCCGGAUAAUUAUACCGUCGCCCUCCAGAAGGCUCUCCUCUUCUUCAAUGCUCAGAAGUCUGGGAAAUUGCCGAAGAGCAAUGGGAUAUCAUGGAGGGGGAAUUCAGGGCUGAAUGAUGGGAGUAAUUUGAGUGAUGUUAAAGGAGGUCUUGUUGGAGGAUAUUAUGAUGCUGGUGAUAACACAAAGUUUCAUUUUCCAAUGUCAUAUGCCAUGACAAUGCUGAGUUGGAGUUUGAUUGAAUACAGUCACAAAUAUGAAACCAUUGGAGAGUACGACCAUGUCAGAGAUCUCAUCAAAUGGGGCACUGACUAUUUGCUUCUUACCUUCAAUUCUACUGCCACCAAGAUUAACCAAAUCCAUGCCCAGGUUGGUGGAUCUCAGAAUGGCACUUCAGAACCAGAUGAUCACUACUGUUGGACGAGACCAGAAGACAUGGACUAUCGAAGACCAGUACAAACAAUCCAGGCAGGCCCUGAUCUCGCCGGGGAAAUGGCGGCGGCUCUCGCGGCAGCCUCCAUUGUUUUCCGUGACAAUUCUGCAUACUCCAAGAAGCUGAUCAAAGGUGCCAAAACAGUGUUUGAUUUCGCCCGAGACGGCGGCAAACGAAGAACGUAUUCAAGAGGGAACCCUUACAUCGAGCCAUAUUAUAACUCUACUGGCUAUUAUGAUGAAUAUAUGUGGGGAGCUGCAUGGCUGUAUUAUGCCACUGGGAAUAAUUCCUAUAUUUCCCUGGCAACAAAUUCUGGAUUGCCGAAGCAUUCCAGGGCAUUUUUUAUGACGCCUGAUAAUAUUGUUCUCAAUUGGGAUAAUAAACUGCCUGCUGCCAUGCUCCUGUUGACAAGGUUCAGGAUUUUCCUGAAUCCUGGAUAUCCUUAUGAGGACAUGUUGAGGAUGUAUCACAACACAACAACUCUUACUAUGUGCUCUUAUCUUCAGCAAUUCCAUGUCUUCAACUGGACUAAAGGGGGAAUGAUCGAACUGAACCAUGGAAAAGCACAGCCUCUGCAGUAUAUGGCUAAUGCUGCUUUCUUGGCAUCUCUGUUUGUUGAUUACCUGAAUGCUACUGAUGUUCCUGGUUUCACCUGUGGUCCUUCUUUCAUUUCAUUAGAUCAGCUAAGGAAUUUCUCAACCUCUCAGGUGGAUUACAUUCUGGGUAAGAACCCCUUGAAGAUGAGCUAUGUGGUGGGGUUCGGCAACAAGUUUCCCAGGCAUGUACAUCACCGGGGUGCUUCAAUACCCAAAGACAACAAGAAGUACUCAUGCACUGGAGGAUUCAAGUGGCGCGACACCAAGAAUCCCAACCCUCACAACAUUACGGGAGCCAUGGUUGGAGGGCCUGAUAAGUUUGACAAGUUUCGCGACGUGCGUGGCAAUUAUAGCUACACCGAGCCAACAUUAGCUGGGAACGCUGGCCUGGUUGCUGCACUUGCAUCCUUGACAACAACCGCUGGUUAUGGCAUUGACAAAAACACCAUGUUUACAGCUGUUCCACCACUGUAUCCACAGAGCCCUCCCCCUCCAGCUCCUUGGAAGCCUUGAACUGCUAUGUAUAAUAAACUUCGUACAUGCUAAUGUCCCUCAAGUUUUGGUUUUACUUUUACA